UAGUGUUCAGUAAAAGAUCUCCUGAUUAUUCUCCAUAAGCUGUGAAAACCCUAUGUGGACAGCUGUCCAAAAGGAAGAAAGUUCCUGGGGUGACAACGAUAUCUUAAUUUUCCAAACAGUUUAAGAGUUUGUGAAGCAAAAGCUUGGGAUCACUUGCAGAAGAAAUGUGGGUUUGAUAUUCUCCAGAGAUAGUUUCUCUCACUCUUCUCAAAGCAGCAUCACUGUUCCAACAAAAAAUAUGAAUAGAGAACAGCUGAACUAUUUGUAAACAAGUUGCUUAUAUCCUCUUUUAUUCUCUACCACUGUUAAUCCCUCUUUGCUAGCAGACUGGCAUGCUGUGGCUAUUGUUCUGUAACACCUUUAAUAAAGGUAAGACACAAGCAUUGAAAGGAAAAACAAGAUGUUAACUGUGGUUCUCGUACCUGAGCUCUUCAUGGCAAAUGCUCCUCUGGCUGCAAAGUCUGAGCUUAUAACUUAAUGCACAGGUUUGCUGCAGUAUUCAUUGGCAGGAUCAAAAGCUUUACCUUGCUGAUGUGGCACACUAACAGCUCCAUAGUGCUUGGCAAUCUGGCUGCAUGGGUUUGACUUGUUGAACUCAGACUAAAUAUGUAUAUAUAGUACCUACACGCUUUGGUUUUGAUCAGCUAGAUCAAGCAAUUUCUCUACGUAAGAAAACAUGAUGCCUCCUUCUAGUGGGUUCUCUUCUUAUGAGGCUUUAAGACCUUUCACCCAGCUGUGUAAAAGCAUGUGCUGAAGCCCAACUUCCUCCUCAAUCUGUAGAGGUAGGUGAGACAAGAUCUUUCUGUGUAGAUACCUAUCGUGAAGGGCAAAACCUGUUGUUUUGUCUGAGUGCCUUUUGUCUGUUCCUCUUGCAAAUUAGACCUCAGCAAUGUUUCAUGGAGAAGAAAGGAAGCAAGAGGUGUUCUUCGUUUAUUCCCUAACCUUGGUAUUGUUUCCAAACCUUUUUUUUCUUGCAGAGUGUUUACUGAUGUGAAAUAUAACAUGUGUCAGAUUGUGUCUCUGUGAACAAGACCAUGUUAGGGAUUGGAAGGGCCCUGGAAAGCUCAUCCAGUGCAAUCCCCCCAUGGAGCAGGAACACCCAGAUGAGGUUACACAGGAAGGUGUCCAGGCGGGUUGGAAUGUCUGCACAGAAGGAGACUCCACAACCCCCCUGGGCAGCCUGGGCCAGGCUCUGCCACCCUCACUGAGAAGUUUCUUCUCGAAUUUAAAUGAAACCUCCUGUGUUCCAGUUUAUACCCAUUGCCCCUUGUCCUGUUAUUGGUUGUCCUGCCAGUAUUACCACCCUUUAACUUAAAACAUUAGCAACACAGAAAGAGCAAGGCCCUCACUGUUUCUGUACAGUGCAGUGUAGGAGAGGGGGGGUAAAAAUAAAGUCCUAUUUUAGAAGCAUUUCACGAUUUCUACACAGAGAAAGGCUCUGAGGGCUGCCUAACUUCAGUUGUUGGAAACAUUUCCCUCAGCACCCCCGGAAAAGACUUCAAAUGGAUCACCCUGCCUGCCAGGAGCAGCCUGGGCUCUGCGCGCGAGCGGGGCGCCCCCUGGCGGCGGGCGCGCGGGGCCCGCCCGACCGGCCGCCCCGGGCUCCUGUGAGGAAACCGCCGCACAGACCGCGGGGCUCGGCCUCCUCUUUGCCAGGCCCUCCCUCUCUCCAGCGGGCCCUUGCGUGUGUGAGAGCUCUCGGGGCUGCUCCUUGGGUGCAGACGUUAUGUGCUAAUUGAUGGUGAGGUUAGUGGGAUAAGUGAAGCACUGCUUACCAGCAACUUGCUGGCUCAUCAACCUGGAUGCCAAAAUUGUUGCCUUAGAGUUAACAGUGUGAAAAUGACUGCUCUGUGGCAUAAUGGCUCAUGGCUGUAGUCAAAUACAGGAUAAAAGCAGUAAAGAAGCUUUAAAAGGAGAUUUUUUUUUUUCCUCUAGCAACUGAAGGGGGCAUGAUCAGAGAGAUCACAAGUAGUGUGCAAGGGAACAGACUGUGGCUGCAUUUUGAAGAUGAGAUGGCAUAAAAUCCACAAAUGGUUCAGGAAGUCAUGUCAAUGAUGGGAGUUGGAGGCUGAGAGCCAAGGAAAUACCCGCGUGUGUGGCGAGGACUCGUCCUUGCCCAGGAGCGGCUGUCCGGCGUGCGGGAGGUGGGCGCUGCCCGGCUGGCCCGCGCUGACCCGCUGCUCUGGGCUCACCUUCCGCCCCAGCACACCCUGUUCAAUAAAACACACGUUUAUGGCUCCGUUUCUGGUACUUGAGCAUCAGGGAGUCAGCUUCAGUGAAUCAAUGUCAAGCCGUCUGAUUCCUGCAAGAACAAGAUAGAUUUCUUCAUAAAUAGUGCUCUAGUAACGAGAAGGUGCACCCUAGUCAGUUCUAAUUGUGGCAGUGUAAUGGGCACGGCUGAGCUCCCUGACGGAACUGUGUUGUCGUAUUACGACAAGUGUGGAAGGCGGUAGUAACGUGCCUAAAGUAAGCUGAAACUUGUCAGAGCCAUGAGCUGGAACGAGGUAUCUGAUCCUCAGCCCAGUGCAUUACCCACAAGACCUACGUUCCUCUUGAAGGCCUCUGAGGAAAUACAGCGUGGGGAUGCUUCAGUCAGUGUAAGUAGUUAAGUCGGUGACAUAUUUAUAUAAAAUACCAUCUUUACAUGUGUAAUGUCAAUUUGACUACAUAAUAACUUCUCAAAGACAAAAUCUGUGAAUGCAUUUUAAGAAUUCUUGAGUAAGUAAUUACUGUAUUCAAGGGGAAAUGCUAAUAUUUUUAAAGAAAAUUGUGUUAAAUUCAUAUUGUAUUCCCACUGGACAUGCACUUAGUAUAGACUGUGUGGGUAGGAGAUUAAAGGAGGAAUGUUUGCACUGUAAUUGAUCUAAAAAGACUGUCUCAACUACUAUGCAGUGAAGACAUCUUCCACUUCUUUUGUUUAAAGAGAAUUAGACAAGAAUAAGAAGUGAUCCCCUUUGGCCCAGUUCAGUGAUCUGAUCCACUGGGGUUAUUCUGAUUUCUGAUCUGUUCAGCGCUACGUGCGGAAUUCCUGCUGACUCAAUUAUGGUAAUGGUGUGAGCUUAGACUGCUUGAAAGUGGGUAAGCUGAAUAAAAUUUCCUGAGCCACACCAAGAGCUUCAGUUGGACCUGUUGCUGUUCUGGAGAAGCAAAAAGCACUUCCAGAUCUGCCAUGUCAGUGCUGAAGCAGCCAGGCCAUGAGUCUGUGCAGAUCAGUCAAGUAGAAAGAAAACAGUUUUACCUCAUUCAUUCGUUUUUAUCUUUACAUUCUUCCAGGCAAAGUGGUUAUAUUUAGAUGUUCUUAAAGAUAUUCUGUUUUGCUGAAUUCUGCUGUUAUUUUUUGUUAAAAGGAAAAGGAUUUUGGAGAGUUUGGUAGGUAAGUACGGUGUGCAAUAGAAUAGUGAAGUCUAGAGCAUUAAAAUUUUGCAUCAAUCUGGUCUUGUGAAGUUUCAGUAGGAUAUUGACAGGGUGUGCAUCUUAUCAGCUAUUACAUAGAUAAAAGUGAACUGGCUUUCAGCCUAUGUUAACACUAUUUUAGGGACUACUGAGUGUCACAAAUAGAAGUUGGGCUUCCAGGGUUGUGUUUAGCAACCUGGAUUAUUAAUGAAAAUUCAGCAGAGUGUGCUUUUUAUCUGCUGUCCCAGUCAGACUUGAAUGCUAGCACGUGUAUUGCUCUACCCUCUUUGAGAGAGGCUUUUCAGGUUGUUGUUAGUUUUGUGGCGUGUGGGGAUUGUCAAUAGAUCAGAUAAAAAAUAGUUCCAGAGCUAAACAUUUGCAGAGGGCUGGUAGCGUCCAGAUAACUUUACUGUGCCCUGAAUUUUUCCUUUGUGUUCUCUCUCAUUUUGAGUUUUCUGACAGAAAAAAAAAUAGAAAAUUCUGAGAUUGUAAUAAAACAAAAUAAAACAAAAGUUCUCAAACCUGCUUGGAAUUUUGAGAAGCAUAGUCUCAAAAAGUAUUUGUAGUCAGGUUGUCAGUCAUGGUAGCUGGAAUUUACUUGGUGGUUUCACAAGUCAACACAUUUCUCAGUAUUUUUCUAAACUGUAGUUUUUGAGAUUUAUGUAAUAUUUCCUCUAAGGAAAUAUUUUGACUCAGUGUGACUCUCCAUUUGAUCCCUGCUGAAUGGGGCUGUCCCAGGCUGUGAGAAAUGAAUCCUCGCAGAGCCUGGAAGCAGGCUGCACGGUGGAUUCGGCUGAGGUGAGAGCUAGAUGGCAAGAAGCCUUCUAAGAAGUUGGCCUGGGACCGUGCAUCUGGAGCACUCCCAAGUAUGCAGCAAUUCCUCGAAAGGCUGAGCUCUGCCUUUCAUCAUUAACAAUAGCCGUGAGGGACAAUAUCUGGUGGAAAGAUCCCUCUCACACAGGAUAAAAGCAGAGCAUAUUGUUUGUUGUUGGAUACAUUUUAAGUGCUAGUAAACUGUAAAAAAAAAAAAAAAAAAAAAAAAAAAAAAGAGUAACAAUUCUAAUAGUUUUUUGUUGAAUGUUCCCAUGUGGUUUUGGACUAAUUAAAAACACCACUUUUGUCUUUAUAAGUCAAUAAAGUGGGUAACCAGUGUUUAAGCAGUUAAUGAGUUUGAUGAGUUCAAACCUUGAAUAUGACUUUUCACAAAGAUUUCAAUUUACAGUUGGUCUGACUUAUUAUUAAAUUUGAUUGAGGGACUCCCAGACUAACUAAAGUGCUUUGCGUGAGCACAGCUGCUCAUUUUAGGACUGUCUCUCCAGGCUUUUCAAGAAAUGUGUCUAAAGCUGUACAAUAUUUUUACCUCUACGGACAAAUCUCUGUGCAGUUUUGCUUUUUUGCUCUUGAUACGUUACCUAAUAGAUGUUUCCAAUGUUUGCUUUAUUCUCCCAAAUCUAUUAUAGACAUUAACAUAGCCAACAAAAGGGCUGUUGGCAUAGCUCCGUGGCUGGAUGGUCUGUGUUGUUGCAGCCGUGUGUCCUGAGCCACUUAACAAAACCAGUAUUGCAAGAAACGGUACAGGGCAUUAUUUGGACCUCACUGGAUCUCUCCAUAAAUAUAUCAGUGUUGAUCUUUAAUAGCCUUUUAACACAAAUUACACUGUUCUGAUUUGGAAGAGUUUUAAUGAUCUGAUGCUUAAGUGAUGCUUAAUUCUCAGGAUAUCUGCCUGCUGCCUGUAAUGAUAGUAGAUUUUAGGAUAACAAAGAAGUGAAAAAAGAAUAGGCAUGGGGACUUCAUCCAUUCUAAUCUUAGAAGCAUGGAGCAUGGUAUCAGGACUGCUGGCCAAGGUACAUGUAUACCAGCUUGGGUCAAAUCCUGCUUAGUUAUAUUUUCACGGGAUUGAGAUUUUUACUGAGAGGACUUGUUGUGUCUCAGUGUAUAACUAGGACUUCCUGGACCAGUGAAAAAUCUCAUUGACUUCAGGAGACAUUGGCUUGCGCCUUGGAUUACUAACUGCUAUCAUGAGGGGAUUUGGGUGAUCUGGGUUAUUUGGCGAAGUUAUUUUUGGUUAUUUCAGCCUGCCGACAGAUCUACUUGUCCAUGGAAUGAGAGUUAAAAAUGAGUCUGUGCUGAGAGGCGGACGCACAUGCAAGGAACUUACAGCAUAGCCUCUACAGUCUUUCUAAACUCGUUUCACAACUCUUUUCAGAGGUGGGUAGUAUUCAACAAUAAAAAGCACCAAUUUAAUUUUGAACAUGUGUAUCUUUGGGCCUAUAUUCAAGUUUUAGGAAAGGAAUGAUGCUAGCUAUUUUACAUGGUAGAAGAGGUCCUAGAGCAGUGUUCUUCCUUGCUAAAAAUGUUUUGCUGUUGAAUAAGUCUAAGCUGUCCUUAAAUUUGUUGGUACCUUUAAUAAGAAAAAAGGAGCAUAUAAAGAUACCUAUUUAGAAUAUACACAUGAGUUUUACAUAUGUAAAAAUACAUUAAACUUGUUUUCCUCUUUAAAGCAUCAGAGAUCUUCCUCCUGGGAGAUACAUUCCCUUCAUAUUGGGUGGAUUUACCGCAAGGAAAGCUAGAGGGAACUUAAAAGUGUCCGGUUUUAUUUAAAACCUUGGUGGUCUUUAACGGCUGCCCCGCAGUUCCAGCCUGGUACAAACUUAAACAGAGUUCUUUGUUGCUCUUGAAUGUGACAUAAUCCUUUCAUCUGGCAUGCUGAAUGAAGUAUGCACAUGGCUUUUUUGCUACCCCUGCUGGGCUGCCUUGUUACACCUUCAGAGCAAACCACCCCCCAGUAAAAAAGCUUGGACUCUGUCAUCCACCCUAAUGCCAAUAAACAACAGAUAACUCUGGCAUCUUUUGGCUUUAAAAUGCUGCCCCUCAUUAAACUUGUGUGUUGAGGAAGGAAACAGCUCCCCACAUCAUUGUUUCUUGCAGAUACAGAUACCGAGUACAUUUUUUUGUUGUUUGCAUGUUUGCUAAUUUGAAGCUCUUUGAAGAAUCCUACAAGGAGAUCAAAGACAAAAGAUUAGAACGUUUUUAAUAAAGUGAAGAAGGAUCAGGUUAGAUCAAAGGGACAAGCUGACAGGAAAUAAGUAGGUGCCGUUGUUGGCUGACACUUGCAUGCUGUAGGGUGAUUUCUGUGUUAAUGUGAGGUCAGAAGGAGGAUUGCUUUACAUCUUAUUGUCUCCAGACUUUGCUGACUGGGUGUGUCUUUGUACUUUGCUUUAAUCUCAAAAAUUAAAACCCAUAAAGUCACAGUUUGGCUCAGCCACAUGAUUUUUCUAGUUAUUUAGCUUUGAUUUUGAAAUAAAAAAAAAAAUUCGAAACACACCAGCAGGGUACGGAGGUAAUUAAUUGAUCUGCAAGGGGAUUCAGCCACAGCAAUAUUAGUUAUCAGAGGCACUGGGCCUCAAUCACCACCAGUGUCAUUUUGCUGACUUUAAGGGAAUUAAAUUCUUACCCCACUGUCUUAAAAGGAAAUGUAUUUUCUUUAUAUAUACUGAAGCCUUGUGUGCUCACAGGUUGUACCACUGUAAUUAAACCAGUGCAACAAAACUAAUGUAACCCCCUCAGUUUGGAUGCAGUUUUUUUGGGAUAGAGCUGCUAAUUGGAUAGAGUUUAUUUUCCUGAGAGAUUAGAGUGACAACACCAACUGGAACAGACUCACUGGGCUCCUGGUGAUCUUUGGCAUGGAGGUUGUGGUGGAUGUGUGGUGGUCUUUGGCAUCCUAGCACACAAAUAUCAGAAGGUGCUUUACAAAAUACCUCUUUCUUCUAAUAAUACAUCACUUUUCUGCCCUAUGUAGCUAGAAGAAAUUUGAGAACAGUCACAGGAAAACAUGCCAAUUUCUUUACUAGAUGAUAGGUGAUUGUGUAGUUGCGCGAAGCUUGAUCUCACCUCGUUUCUUCACAGAUGAAGAAAACAAACGAAUGCUUGAGAGGUUUGUGUGACUUUGUCUCCAUUAGCAGGAAACCUCCUCUUUCUGAAAGGAUGUUUUCAGCCAAAGGUGCAGGAUUGGGCCCAAAGAAACAAUACUUGGUUUGUUCCACAAACAAAUGGGCUAGUAAUAUUACCUUUCUGCUCUACGGGAGUACAAAAGCAGUUCCUCCUUCAGCACUGGCCGUUUCUGCUGCCCUAAUGCAGAAUGGCACUCUGGUUAGAAAUGUUAUUAAUAUGUUAUUAAUAUUUGUUCAGUCAUGUUAAAUCAAAAUAGCGGGUUUUGGCAUGGCCUUAACAGAAAGAGCUGCGCUUAGCCCCUUGCGUAUUACUACAAUGAGGUAAUAAUCAUAUUUCAUUAGAAAAAUAGAUUUUUAUGGUAUUUUGUUGUUUUUGUCUUGCAGUCAGUUAUAUAAAUGAGUGGUGACUCUACAAAACCAAAGGAAACUAUUAAGCAAAAUACAGUUACCUAAACUUAUUGGGGCAAAGUAAAAGAAAUUGGAAGAGAAGGUUAGUUUGCAUUUAGGAAAUUGAGGAAAGUUUGUGAAACUCAAAGGGAUGUUAGAAACAGCACCAGUGGGAAAAAGCGUCCUUUCACUGCCUGUGCUGUGGCUGAGCAGAGCUCCUCUCUCCUGGUGCACGUGGCUCCAAGCCAAAGCUUCACAUACUGCACUGCUGUUGGCUGCUAGUGCAAAGGCCUUAUCUAGAGUUCCUGAUUAAAAGCCGCAUGGCAGAUUGUAUGAAGGGCUCCUGUUCUGGAUGCAGUCAGGAUCACUUCACUAUGCAGUCAGGAUUCAGUUUCGGGAGAGAUGACCCAGGGGGUGCAGCACUAUUAAGCUGAAAAUGACAUAUGGGAAGAAGAUAACCUGGUUUGAUUUUGAACAUUGUCUCAUUUUCUGUAUUUGGUCACAUUCCAUGGAGCCUCCUGGGCUGCUAGUCUGUUACUUUUCAUGGUUGGUAAGCUCUAAUUAAAAUGACUUCUAAGUCAGAAAUAUACAACAUUCACGAAGAAAAAAGGCUGAAGCCUCCUCAAAUACACAAACUGCUUCUUUGUGGCCACUGUAACAGCACAUCUUCUGGAGACAUCUGCCUCUGUAACCACUUAGUCCCUGUUGACUCCCUCGUUAGACUUGGCUUCAGUUGGGAAAUACACCCUGAUACACUUCUCUUAAGCUUUCACAUUUAGAAGUGGCAGGUCAUUCUUUUUGAGAUUUAUCUGUCUAGUUAAAACACUGGAUUUUUGCCUAAAUGUUAUACAUUGCAUGGAGCAGUUCUUCUAUAAUAAUAUACAGUCAUUGGAGAACGGCAGAUGCUGAUUGGAAAAACGAGUAGUGAUUGGGUAGCAGAAAAAUAGCGAUUGUGAGGAUCAUGAUAGUGGACAGAAGUGUCUAAAUCCUGCUGAAGUUGUGAGGAUACUAAUGUGUCUAGCUGGACAGAAGUUCCUAGAUUGUAGAAAUGCAGGAAAUAAUAGGUCAUGUCUGAAAUAGGAAAAUCUGGAGCUGUAAAUUGAUGUAGUUAACUUUGUGUAAUCUCUUAGUAUAUACAGCACCAUAAACCUACAGGGUUUGCGGGAAUAUGAUAGUACUGGAAUGUAGCAGAAAUUCAAGGUACUCAACACAGUCAAAUGGUAUGAAAGGAAAUAGAAGAAAAGGAGAGUCGUUUAAUGGACUUUGCAAAAUGAAGAUUAACAAUUCAAGGAGAGGUGCAAAGGGGGGAUUGAGGAUGUUGACAAAGUGUUAUGGUAACAGAACAUUCAGUGAUGAAAUGCAGAAUUCCCUGAGGGAAUCAUAAAUCAACUUUAGUCGACAAGGUAUGUUGGUUCCUAAAUCAGCAGGAGUCUGGUACCUAAAUAGCUUUGCAGUCUAGUCCCAGAUGCUUUACUUUGGACUUUUUGCUUCCCUUUAGGUUUCAUGUGGUUUUAAAUUUAACAGGGCACUCAUUUCCUUUUGAACUAAAGCAUGUUAAUAGUGUCCUUAAUAUAUUAAUAAAAUGAAGAGUCUUGAAGGAUAGCUUGGGAUUUUUCAGAGUUCUGAAAUGCUAAGUGUUCUAAUAUAAAGUAGAAAGCAUUAAGAAAAGGUUGAAAAUGACAGGGAGCAUCAAGCUGAGACUGAAUAACUUUGGGAUGUUUGAUUUAUUCCCUGCUUGAAGCUUUAAUGGGUCUUUUUGUGGUUCAUUAGAUGUGGGGCUGGAGUGGUAGCAUACUAAGAACAAAUAAUUAUGAUCCAAACACAGAUACAGCAUUUCAGUUGUUGAUUAAUACAUCAGCAAAGGGAAAUGUAAGGUUAUCCUGUGUGACGGGAGAUGAGAGGAUGGGAGUGGAGCAGCAAGAGGAGCAGCCUGUGUCCUCUGAGUGGUAAUGCUGGCUGCUAAAUCCUGGUCCUGCAGUGCCAGGAUCCCUCCUCCUCACUUCCUUGGUCCCUUCUGCUGGAAGGAAAUUUUGAACAGUAAUUAAUGAGAAAUUUUGGAUCUGAGAAUCUACAGGGUUUUCAAGGAAAACAGGACUUAGUAAAGCUUAAGGUUUACAUGUAGCUUGUGGCAGGGCACCAAUGCCUUGUGUAGUGGUGAGGCCCCACCUGUAGUGCUGCAUCCACAUGUUGAGUCUUUAGCACAGGAAGGACAUGGACCUGUUGGAUAGAGUGCGGAGGAGGCCACAGAAAUCAUCAGUGGGCUGGAACACUUCUGCUGUGAGGACAGGCUGAGAGGGUUGGGGUUGUUUAGCCCAGAGAAGAAAAGGCUCUGGGGAGACCUUAGUGCGGCCUUUCAAUACCUAAAGCGGCUUACAAGAAAGAUGGGGACAGACUUUUUAGUAGGGCCUGUUGCAAUAGGACAAGAGGUGAUGGUUUUAAACUAAAAGAGGGAGGGUUCAGGCUGGACAUGAGGAAGAGUUUUUUUACAAUGAGAGCGGGGAGACACUGGCCCAGGUUGCCCAGAGAGGUGGUAGAUGCCCCAUCCCCGGGGACAUUCAAGGCCAGGCUGGAUGGGGCUCUGAGCAACCUAAUCUGGGUGAAGGUGUCCUUGCUCAUGGCAGGGGGGUUAGACUAAAUGAGCUUUGAAGGUCCCUUCCAACCCAAACUGUUCUAUGAUAAAUGUGCCUUGACCAAUGGUAUAUGUCUAUCAUGUCUCUAUGUAGGUUUUGUGAUGGCUUCUGAAACUGUUGAGCAUUCAUUCUCCAAUAACCGCACUCAGCACCUGCUAUCUCUAGUUAUCCGAAAACAUCUUCAUCAUAGUAAAUUAUAAUCUUUGGUCCAAACCACAUGUAAAGCUGAAGGAAUGACUGGAUUAUAAAAGUGUUGUUAAUGGCUUCCUUUUCAAGGUGAAUUUGUCACUCAAGGUAGUUUGUGGGGAAAAAAGCUGAGGCAUUUAAAAUUAACUGUGUACAGGAAGCUUUAUGAUGUAGACUUUGUUUAACAGUAUAUCAUGGUGUCUAGGACUGAAACAAUGUUGGAUAAUGAGCAAAAUUGCAAGCCAGAGGUGGGGGAGACCCACUUUGUCAAUACAUUUCAGGGGGAUUAGCUGUAUUUUAUUUUUCCCUCACAGUUUGAACUCAGUCUGGAGGCAUGCUGUGCGAUUGCUGCUUUCAUCAUCUUGCCUUUUCUCUCUCAGUCAGGUGUUUAUCUUCAAGUGUCGAUAUAGUUCAGAGUACAUUUAAGCCCCGGUAUUACCUCUAGACUUAAAACAGUGCAGUAACGUCACUGAUAUAAAUGAAGGCUUUACAAGGACAACCGAUAUUACUGUUUUAAUUUUGGCAAUGGAGAUGACUCAUAUUCUCUGUUUGGAAGCAGAUUUUAUAUUUCUACAGAAGAAAAUUAUUAAAUGCAUGCAAUUUCUGUCCUUCCCAAUUGUAUUUCUUGUCAAGCUGUGCUAUGUAGCUUAAUCUAAUUUUACUAAGCCUGUCACUGUAGCAAGAACACCAACAUUAACAACACUAAGACUUGGUUUUCUUGUUCUUGAUCCUGCAAUCUCACCCAUAAAGAUGGAAUUUUGGGUUGGAGUAGAGCCCAUUAGUUUAAAUGUAUUUCUUUGUGUGCACAGUGGUUUGAUUGGGCAAAUCAGUGCCAUGGUCCAUGAGGUCCCGCUGCCUUGGUGUCAUACAGCUGCUGUCCCAGGCUGGUCGUGGUCCCACAUAGGAGUAAUUUUCUGUGGGAUGGCGAGGACAGAAAAGCAUAAGUUUGGAGAAAUGUUUGGGGUUUAGCAGGCUUUUCUUCAGCACACCAUUUUUUCUGCAUUUCCUAAGUUUUGGCUCUCACUCAUCACAAAGGCUGUAGUCAAUGAGAAGCAGGAACUCCAAAAACACCAGCAACCCGUGACAGGUCUCACCUUGAGGAAAGGGAGCAAUUCCAAAGGGAUGGUGUUUUAACUAGUAGUUGCUUCAAGCUCCACUUUUUUUGGAGGAGACAAGAGUGAACUUGUUUACAGCCUAGCUAGAGGCUUAACUUUCUUUUCCUAAAGCUCACAAAUAUUCUCAGUUUAGAGCUUUCCCUUGACUUUGCCUUGAAGGAAAAUAAGCAAUUUUGGGAAGGCACCAAUGGGUUUUGGGUAACAAAAUCAAACAAGGUUAACACAAACCCAGGGCUCUCCAGCUUCUGCUAGCACACUGAUACUUGUGUUUGCCUUUGCCCACAGCCUGCUAUUUCAGAGGAAAUCUGAUUUUUGCUAGGAUAGUUGUUAAUCUUCUCAGGCCUGACAGUAUCAUAUGGAACAUGCUCAUAUACAUUCCUCUAAUGUUGCACGUUCCUCUUCUGCUUUGCUUUUGGAAAUGAAGGCAUUUGUGGUGAACACAUCGUAUUUGGUUUAAGGAGUACUUAGCAAAGUCAAAUCACACCUUUCAAAGCUGGAAAUGCAAAGUAAGACUCCCAAAUCCAUGUUUUAGGCUGCUGCUUAUGUUGGCUGGUUUUCAAGAGUAUGGAGAUACCUUUGGCUUCAGUGGUGGCUGCUGAAUGCAAAGCACUAUAGGAAGUCAGGCGUCUCCUUUCAGAAACAAGGGUGCUUGUUUCAGACAGCUUUGGCAGAAUGAAUGUGGCAAUGAUGCCUUUAUAUAGACUUAAAACAGAAUCAAAGUUGUCCUUAAAUCAGAAUGGGAAAAAAAUCAGAAGAUGAUAUGCAAAUGUAAGAUUGAAAAUAACAUUUUGAAGUGAAGCCUAACCUGUAGGUUUUGUAUAACUGGAAUUUGGAGUACAUGCUGAAAUAUAGGAAACACCCUGUAUUUGUCCAUUCAACAUGCUUUUCUUCUUACGUAGAAUUUAUUGAGUUUUCCUGUGUCUGAAGCCUGCAGGUGUGAUUACCUCUGGUUUCCAAGGGAAUACCUAUGCUUCUGGCUGGAGAGUCCUGUAUCUUGUUUGUGCGUUUUGAAAGGAUAAAAUAAUGCCAAGAUUUACAUUUUUUUAAUGAGGAAAAGUGUAGCUCUCUCUGUGUGUACUGUGGAACAAAGGUUUCAUUGCCCAUUUUUUUCCUAAUAGGCUGAUAGAUAAAUCACAUAUUUUCUUGUACUCUGCUUUUCCUGUCUGUUUAUAAAACAUUGCUUUUGUAGGUACGUGUUAUGUUUGUUUAGUGUGCAGAAGGCAGAUGAGAGAGGAGAAAACUGACCACAAGACACUGAAUGUUUUAGACAGUUGUUUUGUAUAGCUGCGUUACUAUGAAAGGAGAGAUUAUCUUGACGUGUGUCAGUUUGAUUUUAAAUAGUAGUAGGUGUUUCUUAAAAAGCAAUGGCCAUAUGAUGUUAAAUUGAAACUGGACUAAAGCAAACACAGGCUUUCUCCUUUGACAACCUUACAGUACAGUCUCAUUAGGGUAAAUUACCCAGUUUCUCCCUGUUUCUAUGAUUAGAUGGUUAUUGGGAUCCAACCUAAUUAGUUCAAGGCUGGCUUGGGUGUCUCUACACAACAUGGUUGUUAUUUCUGUGCUGCUGUGGAAACAUAGUCUAAAGUCUUCAUUUAAAAUCCGUUGAAGUCAAAGCAGCUAUUUCUGUUGGUUGAAUGAGCUUUGCAUCAGGCUGAAAACACGUCAAGGGUACAGUACAGAAAACGGAGAGACCAUGGUGAUGUGGUCCAGGCCUGGCAUCUCUAUUGGGUUGCAGUCCUGUGGGGAGGGUGCAGGAAUGCAGGCGUGGGUGGCACGGCAUGGGGACAGCAGGCUGAGGGGCCAGCCCAGGGAGCCGGGGAAGGGGGCUUGCAUGUAAUGCAAAAGCACAUCCAGGAGAGGGGCAGAAAUUAGAGCAUCAGAGAGACGAAGGAAGAUGACUGGGGAUUUUUGCCAGUGGUGGGAGAGACUUGGAUUUUGUGUGGAGGAGGGCAGAAGGGCAGUCUGGCACAGCUGAAGCAGCACCUGGUGGAAAAGCACUCAGCCAGCAUUUCUGGGAGAGGUGGGCAAGCAAAAGCAGGGCUGACAGCGUGCUGUAAAUGGCACUGCAGAGAGCAGUCAAGGGAGGUAGAAACUUGAUGGGGGGGUAGACAGUGCAACCAAUCUGGUGGUAAAUAAUAAAAGUCUUCCCUUUCCCAGUGCAUGAAACUAUUUGCUGCAACCAGCACACUCUUUGAAGAAAUCCAACCUGACAGGAGUGGGGGAGCGGCAGGUGAGCCCCAGGGGCUGGAACAGACAGUUGUUCUUCAGACUGGUAGAGACACGAACAUGCUAAGGGGUGAUACAGUUCCAAAAAAAAAAUCUGAAAAAGCAUAGCAAGCAUAUUUUAGGGCAGAAUGGAAUGUUUGCUCAAUUAACUAGUCAAAACAGGAUUUCUUUGUGUUUCUCACAGUGCUGCAAAGGGAACUCCCUUUAUAAGAAUCAAAUUAUUUGCCUGUAUCUUCACUAACCAACAUAUACCAUUGUCAGGAGCAUUACUAGCGUUAGCUGAUCCCUCUCUGUUGUGGAAUAAAGGAGCUCUGUUUUCUCCUGACCUGACUGGAUACAGAAAUAUAGGAGUGAAAUUAGGCAGCUUGCUCAAAACCUCUGAAGGACUUGCUAUGACAGUGAACGUCACAAUUCUGUUCUGCUCGUGUAGGUAGGACCAUAAGAUUAAAAGGAAUCACCUUUUCAUCAAGCCUUGCUUGCUGCCACCGUCAUAGUGACAUAGUCUGGAAAGUCCAGAAUGGUAUCCACAACACCCACUCCACAUGGUUGCACAAACCACAGGUUGCAAAACACACCCUACAACAAACUCAGAACUAUUAAUCUUAUGUAAAAGAUCAAAAGCUGCAAAGUGCCAUGUCCCACUGGAAGAUAUCUGGAGCCAGUAAGAGCUUCAUUCUGCCCUUGGAUCCUUGCAUUAACAUGGAACUUGUUAAGUGACAUUCCCAGGUUAUCUGAAAAGCAAACUAUGCACUACAGUACACAAGAAGGCUAAACAAUUAUUGUCAUUUUCCUUAACAAUCUGAUCUGAAUUAAAAGCUUUCCUAACUUUGCCUAAGCCUGCGUGUCAGAUGUUUAAUACCAUAAAGAGCAUGAUUACCUUGGCUAUACCUAAUGUUUGUUACUUCAGGGAAAAGGCAUCAAUUUUCCAUCUUCCAUCACAACUCCUAAAAAUUCAAGUUAUAUGUAAAAGGGAGAACCAUAUACAGUUUCCUAGCCUAUUUUGGACAACAGGAAUACAGUAAAAAUAUGGUGCAACAAGCACAAUUUCCUUAAGAUUAAAACAGCACAUACAAAUCAGACAAGACUGAAGGAAGCAGAUCAGCCUCCCUCAACCUCUCGCUUGGUCGCUUGUAAUGGUACUUGAUGUUGUCUUGUAACUCUUUUCUGAAUCUUCUUUUUAAAAAAAUUUCCUUCUUGAGUUAAAUAUAUCAGAACUGUGGUCAUUUUUUUCAUGGUUUACACCAACAGAAUAUGCAGCAGGAAUGGAUAAUCUCUGUUUUUGUUCAGUGUUCCCACUUAGUGACCUGAGGAUUAAGUUAUUUUGGCCACAGUGUUUCAUGUGGUGCAAAGGUUGAUUCCCACUUCCCCUGCAGACCACCACAUAAAGGACGGAGUUAGGGCCUCCAGUUUUGGACUUGGCAGUGUUAGGUUAAUGGUUGAUCUUACCAAAAUGAUUCUAUGACUUAUUCUGGACUAUUCACUGUCUUGCUGUAAAGAAGAGCAGCUCUUAUGUCAAGCACAGGGUCAAGGCCAGGAAGCCCUAGAAACCUUAGGAUUUAGGAGGCUGCAGUGUGACCAGAUUGGGUUACUGCUCUGCUGCAACCCGUUUAGUCCCUUUAUACCUUGUUUUAGCUUGUUUGUCCAUGUGUUACAGGAUGAAAGUGCAUGGAAAAAAGGAUAAGAUGAUGCAAUAGCGUUGCACUGUGGGCAGUAUCUAAAAAUGGACAUAUUACCUUCUCUGUUCACCAUCUAUGGAAGUCUGUACUCUUCAGAACUGAGGUUUUAGUCUCUUUCCUGCUCUUCUGCAAUGAACAGGGUGCCUGGGAGGCAGAAGACUGAGCUAAAGUGGAUCCUAACACAGAAGGCUGUACAGUUACAUGUUCAUCAUAGUCCUCACAUCUAAGGCCUGUUACCAUUUCUAUGUAUUGUUAUAUUUUAUAUGAACUCCUGCCACAUCUCUAAAACAACUUAAGCUACUGCUGAGUAAAGCCAAGUCUAGAUUGUUAUCGAUGCCAUGCGAACUGUGAGGCUGAGUGGUGGCUGCUGACUGACAAGGUGAUAGCAUUGUUGCUGUAGCGACUACACAUUAGUAAAGAAACAGAAACAUGUUUGAUGUUAUUUUGGUCUGCAGAAAGCCUGGACAGUACAGGGUAGUUCAAUAACAGGCCUGGGAUGUGCAGAACCCCUUGCUUGUCUUGUUUUUUAGUGUGUAUCGUUUUCUUUUUUUUUUCCCAACAAUGUGGCUUUUGACUUUACAUUAAUGAAAAUGUGGGUGCUUUUGCCAACAACAAAUGAACAAAUGUAGUAUGGAGUAUGAUAACAAAGAGCCUGGAGAGGCUGGCAGGUAAGUGUUUUACUUUCCUAGUACAGCAGCAAACAAAACUAUGUGUCUAUGGCCAGAGUUUGAUUCUCAGUGCUUAUGGAGGGCAUAUAGGGAAUGGUGAUGGGGCAGUCAGCCUACAGACACUUCUGAAUCCCAUUUUUUUCCAUUUAAUUUAAUUCUGUCUCUAUAUGCUGAUGACUAUGGCAGCCACAGCUGUUUGAUAUAUGGGCAACCACAGGCCGUGUUAAAGCUGAUGAGUAGGCUAAAUGCUUUCUCCCACAGCAAGCAGAAAAAUAAAUGAAAAGCCCUUUCUAGAACGAAAGCAGAAAGCACUAGGGAGCUGAAGGCAAUGGGGUGAGCUGAAGGCAAGCUGGGGAGUUUCUGGAGAAUUUCUCUGAGAGUGCUGGGAAGUGUGGAGGGAUUGGGGAUGCUGAGCUGCCACUGUGUGGGUGAGUGUGCACAGCAGGGCAAGAGAAGGUAGGAGGUAAGGGAAGAGGUUCUGGGUGGCAGAGAGAUAGGAUUUCCUGAGACACAGGCCUGACUAAAAAGGUGGACUUGGAAUUUGUAAGGUAAGUGGCUCUUUGUUGUUAUUAGCACUGAGUAUGUAUAUCAGAGGAGCCAGGUUUGGGUAUGUUCCCUUUAAAUAAGGAGAGUUGCACCACAGAAAUACCUGAUCUCCAUUUUCAGCUGCUUACUCUGGAGUGGUGCAGGCUGGUGCGGAGUGGUUAAAGGCAGACCAAAACAGAUGGUCUACAAAAGCUGAUUUUGGCUCUGAAAUUUCUUCAGGCAACACAGACAUUUUAGAAAGUAAACAAUUAAGCAAUUUACUUAGUCCUGUAGAACAGACAAUUAUUUUGAUUUUCUGAUCUUACAGAUAAGCGUGGUUGGUCCUCCUUUUCUCUACUCCACCUAAACACACCUCAUACAUGCAGAUAUGUAACCUGGCUUAGUCUUAAUUAAUUCAAAAAUGAGAGAGGUUCCAAAGUCCAUUAGGUAUAAGAUGGGAAAUAUGUAAGCCUUACUAACACACUUGUUCUUUAAUGCAUAAAAACACCAUUAUAAUAAUGCUGUCUGAAUACAUAAAAACCCCAGCUUAUUUAUGGUCUUUCUUUUGGCUUCACUUAAGCAGUCAAAUUUUUAGACAUGAUUUCAGUAAGGGAAGCAGUGGCCCCUAGUUGCAACCACUUGACAGUUGUUCUGUGUGUUGCCCAAGAAAUACUGUAUUGUUUCUUUGAUUUGGUAGAACCCUUUAGACUAAGCUGAGUUUGAAGACCUUUUUUUUUUAAAACUUGUUUUAAUAUAUUUUAGUUUCUUUCUUGUUUGCAUUCCUUCUGAUGCUGCCCUAGCUACCUUUAUAAACAUCUGAACAGUUACUCUGUUUUCAGAUACAAAGAACAAUAGCACCUCAAGCGCAGUGAAAAUACCAAAUAUUGAUCUGUCUCUUGAAUGCUGGAAAACCUCAGCAGGAGGUAUACAAAAUAUUUCUGAAAAACGAUAGCUUAUCACCUGCAGACCUGGAGGUUGCUGUCUGUUAUUACAAAGACUUGCUGGGGGGGCUCCACUGACCUUCAGCUAUUUGUGUCUCUUCCAAGGCAAAGAGAAAAAAAUCUCAACCCUCUCCACAAUGUUUGCAUUCACCUCCUUUCCUGUGUCUUUCACCUGAGUUUACCAAGGGGCACUGAAAUACGUCGGUCGCGGUGAUGUAGCAGCACCAAAAUUUCAGAGCAGUGGUGGAAUCUGAUGUGUGAACUGCUUUUGGAGUACAGAUUUGGCCAGCUUGUUUACACCCUUGCAAAUAUCCCUAUAACUUAAUCAAUUGGGGUGGGAUUUGGAGAUGUCACUCUUGCUAUAUAAUGUUUCUGGAUUCCUAUUUAAAACCAAGCUGCACCUGAAUGCUAAUUUGCACUGUGCACUCUGAUGUGCUAAUUAUUUUCCUGUUAAAAACAUGCUGGCAUUACCCUGGGGAUACCAGAAAUGUUAAUGCUGCUUUUCCAGUCAAAUUUGGCCCCAUGGGGACGAUGAGGGUUUCUGUUUGCUCUCCCUGGCUUGCAGGGCACCUGUGGCGAUGCACCGCAGUGAGACGGGCACUCGCAGCUUCUCAGGCCACCACAGGAAGCUCAGGGAGCUUGAACAGUCACUAUAAUAAUCUCCACGGUCGCCUUAUUUUGUCCUUUACUUUUUCUUUUGGACAGUUCACGUGUGGUCCCAGCAGCCCAUUUCCCCAGUUCUUGAGCCCCAGCGCUUCCCAGAGCAAGAGUGGGUCUGGACUAAUGAUCUCCAGUCAGCAAAUGAAAAGUUCAGGUCAUGACUAAGAACCAUUUGAACCCUGAGCUAUGCUCCCUUACAUGCUUGCAGGACUUAAACAUACUGACACAGAAAGCAGGCUUGAGCGAGCAAAAUGGUCAGUUUCCAUGUAUGGUGUAAAUCCACAUAAAAUUACCCCCCAUUUUUUAUAAAACUUCCAAGGCUAAAAAUAUUACAAAUCAAUGUAUAUUACACAGUAAAUCUCUUCCAAUCUAGCUGACUUUUUAUGCUCUACUGCUAGGCAUGGUCUAGCUACUUUCCCAUUCCAGGUGAUAUCUCUGUUCCGUUGCCUUCAGUAAAUAAUUAGGUAUCUUGUGGUCCUUUUAAAAUGUCACAUAAGUUGCUAUCACAACCCAGGCUUCAUCAUGUUUUUCUGGUUUGGCUUACUCUGUUCUCUUCAACACACUCAUUGCUCACACUUGUAGCGUUCUCAGGACUUUGCUAACAUUUCACUCAAAUUGUUAAUUUGAAUUGGCCACCUAAGUCAAACAUGGGGUCAUAUUCAUCCCUACUGUGACCUACAGAAAAUGAAUGGAAUACCAAAGCUGUGCUUAUCCCAGUAUGGUCAGAGUUUGCCACUCAGAAAAGGACUUUUUGGAAAAUUGUGGGAAGAGGGUAGUUCAAACAGCUACUGAAGUGUCUCUGAGUUGCCUGCUGCAAUUUUCUGAACUUAAACAAACAAACAAACCCAUGCCCAGAGCUUCAUAUCUCUCUCUUCAAAGAAAAAAAUAAAUUACAUAUUCCCUUGUGGUUGCUAACUCCUGAGAUAAUUUAAUUCUUACAUUUACAUUUCUUAUAAUGUGUUUUCUUCUGCUAUAUAAAAAUUAUCAGUCCUUGGGUAAAUUGUUCUGAGAAUUUUUUUCUUCUGUUUUACAAUAGAGGGAGCUCUAAAGAAACUUAUCUCUCCAUAGAAAGAGUUAAACAGACUGCGUCUUCAGAAGUGCUUGAGAAAACUGCAGCGUCAAGGUGCAUGCCCCUUAUGAUGGCUAUACAUUGCACAUAGGUGUUUCCUAUACAUUGCACAUGAGCGUUUCACAGUGAAGUCAGGCCAGCCUGGAGUUCUCUACCACAGGGAGUUCUCACUGGUCGCUGUGUUGGGGCUUAUCAGUAGCUUUGUCUUGCUUGUUGGGAGUCGCUCUGGAAAACUCAUUUUGCAGUCCUUCUCUGAGGAUGCCGGGGCGCUCUGCUGUACCAAGGAGCGAGCUGGUCUUCAUUCAAGGACUUACAGCAGAGCAAAUAUAUCAGGAUGGAUGUUUUUAUAUGAGUGAGUUCUGGACGGGCAGAUUUAAUAGAAAAGAUAAUUCACACUGCCUGGUUAGAAAUCAUGCCCUGUGAGGAUGGUAGUGACAGGUGGACUAGUUAUAAUAAACUGUGGUGACAACAGUGCUGGAGUGUUCCCACGUGGAAAAGGAGACCAGCAGGGUGGUUACAGUGUUGGCUGGAAUGUGGGAGCACUGUCCCUGUGGCUUUGAAUGUCUCGUUUAGCCAUCUUCCUCCCUGUGUACAAAAUGCCUAUCAAAGGCCUUUCAUAUGUUAAAAAUAAAAACAUAUUAGGAACCAGGCUGGUACUGAGCGUCUAAGUGCUGUGUGUAGAGACUGAGUCAGGUUUUAUCAAAAACAUCUGUUGGCAAUAUAUACUUAAUAUCUGGUCUAUGGACUUUUUUUUUUAAUUGUGUUUGUAUAUGCAGUACCUGGGAGCACAAGACAAAGUUCUUCCAAAAAUCAUUUUGAUUUAGACUUUUGGGAGGAAAAAUUUCUUAAAAUAGUUGUUUUAUGGUUACAAUUCAAAUAUAUUUGGCUGUGUUAUUAAUGCUUUUUCCAAUGGUUUUCCUUCCCCAAACACACAGGGAAACAGAUUUAAGAAAAAAUGACAAGUGUCAUCCAGCCUUGCUACCGCAUUAACUUUUAGAAGCAGCAGGGUGUUGUUUAUGAACCUGGUAUACCUUUGUUUUCAUAAAAUCAUCUUUGCUGUAUUCCUUGAACCAAGGCUUUUUAUUAACAAUCACAUAAUCAUUAUCUUUCAAAGGUUGUUGUACUAGAAUAAAAUGACUCUUUUUUCUAAAAAAUAAAUAAACCCUGCCCUGUUCCUUACCCAGUUGACAAGUACUCUUUAAAGUAUAACUAUUGUGCAGUGAUCCGUACAUCGUAUGUACUAGAAAUCUUUCUUGGGAGUAAAAUGGCAAAUAAAGCCAAAGACUUGUAAGUCUUCAUCUUUGGGCUAGAGUUAUUUUGAUGUUGUUUUGUGUUUGGGUUUUUUUUGUGUGUGGGUUUUGUUUUUAAUGAUUAUGUUAUUUUCUUCAUUCUGCCAGUUCUUGACGCAGCAGACACUGAUGGUAAAUGUUUGUCAGCCAGAGAAUGACCAUACAUCAACAUAAAGAAUUUCAUAUGUGACCACUUUAGCUUUCUAUUUUUGGCCUGCACAAUUCUGUAGCAUUUUAAAAUACGGUCAGCUUUGUACACUGAAUCAUAUGAUUAAGGAAUGUGAACGUCUAUACUAUUCAAUUGAAUUGGAGUUCUCCCCCUGCAAUGGUGAUUGUAGGAGGCUUUUAUUGUUGUCUUCAAGUCAGGCUCUGUGCAAGAAAAGGUCAGACUGCAUACAUAACUGUAUUAACAAAACACUUGCUGGUAGAGAUUGUUUUGCUUGUAAACCAAUGCAAGGUAGGUUGAUUUAAAAACCAAAAAACAUUUGUUUUUUUUUUUUUACUCAGGAUAAACCGCAUGUAUUGUUAGAUAGUUUAUCCAUUGUACCUGUAUGUGCAAACUGCAGGAAUAGGUCUUGUUUUGGAAAGAGGUAUUUCAUGAGUGCUGGCUUCAAAGUUUGUGCUGUGCAUGCAUAGAGUUGAAGCUGACAACUCAGUGCAGACAGAGCAGGAAGGCUUUCUCGGAGAUCUUUAUCUAGCUAGCUAUAAUUAUAAAAGCUUAGUUUGAGAAAAAAUGUGCAUCUCUGCUACUUGAGGUCUGUCGAAAUUGUCUUAAGUAACUGGACAGAUUUUGUCCUUAAAAUCUUGAUGGGCUCAUUAGUUCACAUGCACAAUCAAAAACCCCAAAACUUUUACUGACAGAGGGGCUGUAGUUAAACAACAUAACAUAUGCAUUAUGAGUAGGGCAAUGACUGAGGCCAAUGUGAGCAUUUUGGUAAAGAGCAAACCCUGGCCCAGGUGCGCUCGUCCAAGAAGGAGGAGGAAACGUGAAUGUGAGUGGUGGAUUCAGGGCAGAAGGGCUGGCACAGCCCCCUGUGCUGAUCUCUCCUCCUAUGCACCGCCUGCAGGAAAGCUCCAACUGCAAGAUGUAGCGAUUUGGGAAUUUAAGACUCCCCAGUUUAUCCUGAGGAAAGGCUGAGCCAGGAGAGAUUUUUGACUGCUAAUAAGCUGUUGUGACUGUGACACAUGACAUCCACUGCAUAUUUUAAAUUCACCACUUUAUUGUGCUCAACUGACUUUCAGUUUGAUAACACAGAGCUGUUAAGGAGGUAGCAGUAGUACAAAAGCUUUAAUGAAAUAAUAGUUUGGAGUAGGUCUACAGAUGUCUGCCUGACUUUGGAAAACUGAUCUCUCUCCUGGAGUAGUGUACUCUGUAUAUGGACAUUCGUAUCAUUUAUAAUAACUAUUCAGUUCUCAUAGCCACAAGCCUACCAGCAGGCUUUCAGACAAGAUUUUAAAAAACACAUAACAAUAAGUCCCAUUUGGCAAGGAAUCUCUUAACCUUUUAAACUCUUGCUUUUCAGGACCACAACAACGUACAGCUUUGCAGAAAUGUCAGGUUUGAACAAAAUCCAUGUUCUUUGAAUAAAAACUCUCCUCCAAUACCAGAAAAUAGGAGUAGGCAGAAAUCUCUUCCAAGUAGUGUGUUUCAAAUUUCUAUUUGCUGCCAAGGGCAAAUGGAGACACGGGGCAGGUGCCUGUGCCCUCGUUGUGGCUGGUUUGCGUCACCUGAACGUAGCUUUGCUCUCUGGCAGCCGUGCUCAGCCAGUGCUGCCCUGGGGGUGAUGUUGGAGGAGACAUCUUCCUCUGCCCAAGAUACCCUGAUGCAAGAAUAAAACCUGGCUUGUUCUCGAGGUUGCUUUUCUUCUAGGAGAUGUUUGAGAACAUGACUGUGCUUUUCAAAAAAAUCAAACAUGUGACCACAGGCUUUCUCAGAUACUGUAGUGUAUUUGUGGAACAUAAGCCCUCGCAAAUAGCUACUGUACAGGGGAAUACAAUUGCAUUUUGCCUAGGUGAACUAGGGUACUAGUUGUUUGGGUUUUUUUUUAAAUCAGGCUGAUAUGAAGAAUAUGUCUUUCAUCUUUAAAUACUAAUGCUGUCUUUAUUUUGCAAAUAUGAGUAGCUAAUCCUAUUUAUAUUUACCAACAAUACCCAUGAACGUCAAUUAGCCUAAUUCUUGCUUUCACAAAUUUGCCAUUAAUAUGAGCAUACACCUAACUUAAAAUAUACAGAUAAGAGUCCAUCAGUGCAAUCCAUUCAGUGUAACCGAUAAACUCACAUUCAUAUUUGUUGCAUUAGUCACAGUGCUUUCAAAAAGUCAGCCAGUAGGCAUGCAGUACAAAUGCAAAAACUAUCCUGCUUAAUAAAUUUUCAUACCACCAGUCUGUGUAAUACAGAAGAAGUUUGUUUGAGAAACAUAGUUGUCGCGAUUGAUGGGCUGUGCAGCUAUGGGCUUGGUCCCCUGCUCCGGGAGGUGGAUGUCAGGUGUUGAGGGUGGCAGCAGGAUCUGCAACCUCUUCCCCACGCCCUGGCUAUGAUCAAGGCCAGCCCUGAUAUGGGGCAGCUGUGUAACCUGGGAUCAGGCUGGUGUGAAGAAAAAAAAAGCUGUGAGAGGGCUUGUUGGGGGCUUUCUCCCUUUGUUCAGGAGUCACAUUUAAUCUCAGUUGCCUGCUGUCCCUGUACCUGGCUGUGCGCCUUGCUGACCCUGACCUUGCCUUGGCUUCCUGGCUUGACCUGGGACCUGCUUCAUCACUGCAAACUUGUCUGGUGAGUGCAGGACUGUGGCUGACCCCGGUUAAUGCCACCAGACCUGCUCUGCUUGCACAGAGACUGUGUGACUGUGGCGCUUGCUUGUGAGGUCCUUGCCUGCCUUGCUGCCCCCCUGGCUCCCAGCUCACCUCCCUGGGCAGAGGUCUUGCUGCUCCCAGGAAGGAGGAGGGAGGAAAAGGCCCAGCUCCCCGGUGAGCCCAGGCACAGCCCCAUGCGGAGGAGUGCGCCACCACUGUCCUUCUGGAAGCCAUCAGCAGGUCCUGCUGCAGGACAUCAGUGUCCUUUCUUUCCUCCCUGCUUUGAAGAAGCUCUGUGGAAGAAAAUUUCUGGGAGUCACGUCCCCUGGCAGAGGCUCUGCCACCUUUUCCUCCUCUUCGCUGCUGUGAAGUUGAAGGCACGGGCAUCCGUCAGCCAGCCAGCUGGUGUCUCAGAGCCUGCAACGCCAAAUGUGGACACUGAGCAGCUUUGUCACUGUCAGACUGGGCCAAUUAAGAAAUGCUGCAGUGGCAGGAGCAAGACUCCAAUUGCAGCUUUCCCAACGACACACCCAAGGAAACAUUUAAGGCAUCCACUUUUGGCCACAGUUGGAGACAAGAUCCCAGCACUGAUGAACCUUUUGCCUGAAAGACACAGCUGCUCUUGCAGGACCAUGGUGUGCGAAGGUAAAUGUGACCAAGCUCCCAUCUGUGCUGUGAAGCUGAAGACAGGAAAGCAGCAAAGAGCUUCGAAAAGCGUCUGCUGUUUGGGCAAGAGGCGCGUGUUCCUCCACUGCCCGCUGAGGCUGGGCCGGGGCCUGCGGACACAGAGGUCAUGGAAAUGUCUCUCAGAGUUCUGUGACGUGCAUUGGAUAGCUUGGAGGUGGAUGUGAUGGCAGUUUAAUAUUAAGGCGCCUGAUAUGACAGCCGUGGCAGAGCAAGUGGCCCUCCAACGGAUAGCACCGAUGGCCUUCCUCGUCAUUGAGCUGUAAGCCGCAAUCCUAGAAGAAACACAGACGUCCCAGAUUAGUUUUAGGAAGGGGAUCUAUUGAUCUGUAAACUGGCUUGAACUCCUCAGCAGAGAUGGUUGCACAAGAAAGAGAUGAUACAGAAAAGCAGCAACAUUUCCAAACUGAUGAUUGACUUUGCAUGGCCAGGUGAUGAUGACAUUAACAUCAUUUUAGAAGUGGCUGUGUAAAUUAUUAUAGCCUUGGCAAACAUCUCCAGCAUUGAUCCCACUCAAACUGAAGACCUGAUCCGGUGAGAUCAGGGGUUUGGAUUUGGCUCUGCUUGCGCUAUAAAUCCAUUUGGACUGGAAAACAAUAACAGUCUUGGGUCCCAGCAGCACCGUUUUCUACAUGACAGCAGCACUGUGGACACUGCUGGUUAACGGUAAACAACAAGUUAAUUUUUCUACGUUUUUGUAGCUCACCUGCCAACUUUGCUUUGCAGUGUUUGUUCCUAACUUGGAGAGUUUCAACAGAGCUGUUGUGCUAAGUUUUCAAUUUUAGAAGCAGAGCUUACAAACAAAUUCUUAAAAUAAUAAUUAGAACUGGCAAACUGUCUUUGAAGCACUUAUUACUAACUUCCACAAAUCUUGUGUGUGCAAUGAGAGAGAAGUUGUGACUUACUGCAGACAAGGCAGAAUGGCCUUUUUAUUAUCUCUCAGCACACCCACGAGCCUCCGUGACGGUGGGUGCCCAGCGCGGCUCCUGGGUGGAAGCAGCACUGGCCCCAGAGCUGGGGAACUGCAGCAGAAGAGGACGUGAUGCUCUACACACUCGUAGCCUCUUUUGUCACUGACACCGCCGGAGGAGGGAAAUGAGCUUUUGUGCACAACAGCCCCCCCCCCAAUCUGGAGACGUGAAAAGUACUGAGGUGUAACAGUGAAGUAAUACGGACUGAUGGGCAAGACCCUGCUGGAGAUGCCAAAUCACAGGUGUGCUUCCUAUAACACAGGGCAUUUUAUACAUACAAUUGCAGUUGUGAUGUAAGCAGCACUGGGCUCAAGUUUUGCCUUCGUCUAUAAGGCUUUCAUAUGUGCCAAUUUUUCUUUCUUUUUUUCUUUCUUUUUUCUAAAUAUUUUGUUGGCAGACCAGUCAGAUGAUGUAACUGCAGACCAAACUAGACAGAAAUGUUCGGAACUCUACAGACAGUCUGUGCUCAGGACAAAUAAGAAACGUAAUUGUCAACUUUCCCAAAUAUUCAUUAGAGAUGGUCAUUAAACAUAUAUAAAAACAUUGAAAGAAGUUUAUAUAAAAAGAACAGCUCUGAAAUUCAAAGCUGAAAAUUAAGUGUUACCCUUUACUCUCACUUUUGUGACUUAGAAAUAAGAUGCUAGUUACCAGGAUGAAAAGAAAGCAAGAGCAUGCUGAAGAGCUGAUAUACUAUUUUUCCUGGUUUCUCAGUUGGGCCCCAACUGUUUUUUCCCCAUAUUUACCUUGUCUUUGACUUCUCUCCCACAUAACAAAACCUCACUUCAUGUGCAUGAGUCAAGACUUCGUAAUCAAGCUCCCGAAUGAUACUUAUGCAAAAUAAGACUCUGGGAAACUAAAUAAACCUUGAGAAAUAUGUUAAAUAUGUUAGAGGAGUAAAAAUAAAGUAGAAGACUUGGCUGGCUGAACUUUUGUUUGCUGUCCACUAUACUUUGAUUAUCAAAUGAGCAAAAAAAUCUCUAAUGAUUCUGUUCAAGAGUCUUUGUUUCAAUGUAAGAGGAAAACAAGUCCUCUUCUGUCCUGAAUAUUUAGGCCUGUUAGUGUCCUCCUGUGAUAAUCCUGGGGCUUAUAACUCCUCUGUCUAACGUGCAACAUAUCCCAAAGAAAUUAACAAUGAAUUUUGAGCAUAUAAUGAACAAUUAUGCAUGGAGGAUAAUCCCACCAAAUACUAUGAGAAACAAUUUCUCCUGUCUGCUCCCCGACUGUAACCAGUCUCCGUUGUCUACCCAGGGUCUUUUAAAGUUUAAUGUUCUCAUCAUGAUUUUCAAAAGCAAAAACAUUCAGAAAAUAGCACGCCUGAAAAAGGCUUCAAGACUCAAAGUUUCUACCUUAGGCAAUGUCGGCUCUUUGAAAAGACACGUCGCUGCUUCUCCUUCGCAUGCCUAACCGUGCCCAAGGAGAGGCUCACGCACUUCCCUGCUGUUAUGCACUCAACAAAACAAAACCUUCCUCCUGGAAACAGACGCUGGAAUCUCAUUCAGGCCCAUUUUCUUCUUUGAUGAGGAUGUUCAAAACCUGCUAAAGGUUUGUGCAAGCAGAUCGAGCGGGCUACAUUUCAGUAGGUGUGGCAGUCGCUGCCCCGGUAAUGGUACGAAGCCGUAAAAACUACAAUUCGCUGUCAGGGUACUGCAAAGUCACUGAAAGGGAUUGCUCAGCCUAGGCUUCAGAUUCCUACUCUUUUAUGCUUUCAGGGUUUUGAGAAGGAUGAUCAGGAGUUUUUGCCAAAAUUCUUCAGGCAUUUAAUUCUGAAAACUAAUUUCUGAAUUGGGUGCUAUGCUAAUAAUGUAUUCCAACCCCAGGCUGCCUGUAAUCCCUCACAGACUCUCUUCUCCUUGGUUUCCCAUUAGCAGAGCAUCUGUCUUCUCGCUGCUUUAUUGUUUGCUCUCUGCAUGAGACCCUUAGUACAUGGGACGCAACAAUGCAAGAAAUUCAUGGGAUCACAUUAAGAGAGGGAGAGAAUAUCAAAUUUGGUUUCAUGCAGAUGGGGUUUUGUUGUUGUUGGUUUUUUACACACAUAUUUAAAUGCAACGAUUAAACUGAACUGAACAAAACAGGGCCUUCUCAGGCUCAAAGAUACGGGAGCCUCAUAGCAGGUGGAAGAGAUUAAAUUGAAGGAAAAUAGUCCAGAACUUUACUCUUCAUCUCACUGAAACCCUUUCAUAUACCCUGUUGCCUCGCCCUCUCCCGCUGCCCGUGAGGAAGCACUACUGCAGCAGCUUAUCCUCCUGCGCUUCCACCGUGUGGUGUCUGAAGGACACGGGCAGGGCAUGGAGGGACUUCAUGUUCUGCACAGAGGUAGCAGUUGGUCUGGCCAGGCACAAAACUCUGCCAAAAAUCAGGCGUUCAGCUGGCAGCUGGCUCCGCCUCAGCAGUCAGGCGUGUUGCCGCCCCGGCGAAGAGAACAGCCUACAGAAACCCACGGGUGAGCACUCACCAAGGCUGCUGUCCGUCUUAUUAGAUAAGAGCCACUAAUUACUUUCUUACCUAGAUCUUCCUUAAACAAACUCCUGCAGAAGCUUUGCAGUGACAACGAUCAAGAAAAAAGCCUGAAGCAACAACGUGAACCCUGCAUCGUAUCAUACAGCCCAAAAUCUAUUAACUUGAUUCACAUUGUACAGCACUUCAUAUUGCACAAUGCUAUACUCCUGCUACGGGAUAUUAAUUGUCACUGCUACCAUUUACUAUGUACACCACAAAAUAAACUAUCUGCAUUAGAAUAUAUUUUCCUGGAAAAAACAAACAAAACCCAACAACUGGAUUUUAUUCAAAACAGUUGCUGAAAGGUUUCAAUUCAAAACAUGACAGCAGCUAAUACCAACGUUUACUAGACAAAUGGAAACACACCAUUUCCUCACUUUUUUUUCCUAACUCGCUCAUAGAAAAAAAUGCUGUCUGCUUACAAGGGUUUGGCAUGAGUUACACAUAAUUAGAACGAGCUCUAGCUUUUUCUAAGUGUGCUUCAGUUAUUGUAAGUUGCUAUUCAAUGUAAUAUUAAGAAAAAUGGGAUAAUCUCACUUUUUGGAUCAACAUCUGAAGAGGAAAUAGGGGGGUAACUAUCUGGCAUGAAACCAACUGGACUUUGUAACACGCUCUUCAAAACAUUCCACUAGCAAAUGUGAGGUAAAGGAUAGUUGCAAAGCUAGUCCACAGUGCUAUAUCUCAGAAAAAAAACAUCUUUGCUUUCCUUGUUGAUUUUGUCCUGGGACCCAUUUAACAAUCCAUAACCCCGUUCAGGAAAUGCUGAGCAUCCUUUUAGUGAAUACAGAUCCUACUCACACAUUGACUUUUCAUCACAUUAUGUUUAGCUACAUUAUCACCUGGAUGAAGGUACUGCCUGUGUAUUGCUCUUUUUAUAAACUUGGGAGAUUGUUCUGGAUUCCAGUUGGUCUCCUGUUUCAAAACGCCAAUUUCCUUCCAUAAAUGGGCCUACAGUUGACCAUGUCAUGCACCGUUUGUAGUGUUCACUCUUAGUUUCUCAGCCCUGGUGCCAACAUUUUUAUAUGGGCCCCAGCUCGAAAAAUUUGUCCUCUGAGGUAAACUCCUGGGAGAAAAUCCAGACCUCCCUGCAGUCAAUGGGACUUCUGCCACCAGCUUCAACGGACUUGCACCUUCUUGGUGCAGAAUCCAGCGCUACAGUGCCAUGUUGCAAUGAGAGGUGAACCCAAACUGCCAGCUCUGCACGCUCUUCACGCUCCUCCACACCGAAGUCCAAAGUGCAGAGAACAAACAAUAUUUGCCUCUCCUUCACUAUUUUGAAAUUUUAAGUCCCUCUGUAGGUUUGAUGCAACACUUCAAUUCCGAAUACCCCAAUUAAUCAUCAUUACUGUCAAUUUAGUUUAUAAAAUAAAACCAGGACCACUAGCAUACCACAAACUUAGCAAAAACUAAGGAAGGAAAGUAUUCAAAUUUUUUUGGCAGGGAGGGGCUGGAACAAGACACACACACAAGUAACAGCAUGAAUGUUACUCCCUCACGCACGGAUUACAGUAACGUGCUAUAGUCUGUUUGCCUUUGUUUUCAGUAACAGUAUUUGGAGGCACAGCAACGCUCGGCAUUCCUGAUGUCUCUGAAACUUGAAAGCACCUCCUGUCCCAACCUACAGCCAUCAGCACUUUGAAGACACUCACAGACUCCCCUACACUUCUGUACAUCAGAAUACUGCAGCAAAUCCCUUUCCGAGCUUUGAUUCCAUUAUUCUGUUAAACAUGUCAAUAAAAACAUGUCUGUUCUCUGA